AUGAACAAAAAUGGAACAGCUAAAAUGAAUGAUAAUCAAAUUAGAGCAGAAGGUAGAAGGUUAUUUAAACGCUUCUAUAACAUUCCCGAUGGUGUUAAUCCUAAAACUCGUAGAAGUUAUUUAAAUGAAGCCAUAGAUGCAUAUGAAGGAUUUGACAUUUCAUCAGAAAGUGAGAGGUUAGCAAGAAUGUUAAACGUUAAUAUUGAUUUUUAUUAUUGUGAUCCUCAACCAGAAGACAUAGACAUAAAUAAGGUAGACUUCCCAUUAGUGGAUUCAAUAAUGAUAGAUCCAGAAUUUGAAACAGUAAAUAUUUUAUUAACACAGAGUCCAUGUGGAAAACUUCACGCUGACAGAAUAACAGACGUUGAAGCACUCACAGGAUAUAAAGUUUGCCCCUUUUGCAAAGAAGAAGUAUAUUCUAUCCGUGAUGAUCCAGAAAGGAAAAACCAAAGAAGAUUUUUAAAACAUUGUGAGAAAUGUAAAGAAAAUAAUGGAAGAUUAAUUCAAGCCGUUCAAUUGCAAAACACACAGCAACCAUAUGCACCACAUAUCACGAAACAGAAGAUAUAUCAGUGGUUAUUAGCUCAUAAUUUGCAGGAAUAUUAUAAACCAACAAGAUAUUAUAUUACUUUUGACUUCGAAACAUUAGAGACUAAAGAAGAAUUACAACUUUCUGAGUGUGCAACUUUGAACGCUUACUUAAAACCAUUCAUGGUAUCAUCAACGGUUAAAUUAAACGAUAAAACAUUUACGAGGAAUUUUUGCUUAACUUCGAGUGAUUCUUUUAUUUCUGAUUGGAUUGAGUUUUUAUUUUCAACCUGUUCAUUAGUUGCUAAAUCAAAUAUUGAACAAUAUGAAGAAUUAAUGAAGUCGCAAACAUUAAAUGAGAAACAGAAGGAAGCAAUGAAAGAGCUUUUAGAUGAAGAAUUUAAUAAAGUGAAUAUCAUUGGUUUUAAUUCAGGAAAGUUUGAUUUAAAUUUAAUUCUUCGUGAUUUAAAUACUGUAAAAUGGAAAAUAAAAUCAAUGCUGGGUUCUUCUUCUCAAUUUAAGCAAGUCAUAGUAAAGAAAACAAACUGUCCAUAUGAAUUAAGAUUUAUUGACAUCAGAAAUUAUAUAGCGGGUGGAACAUUAGACCAAUUCACUCAAGAUUUCGGAAACAAUAAAUCACGUGUUAAAUCCUUUUUCCCUUAUCAAUUCAUCACAUGGGAGAAUUACGAAGAUGAAUUAUAUAAAAAGGAACCAUUCACUCAAGAUUCAUUUUAUUCAGCAUUAACACAAGAAACAAUAUCCGAUUCAGAUUAUCAAAUAUAUCUCAAUGAUGCUAAAAAUUUUGAGAAUAGAUUAGAAUAUUUUAUUCAUUAUUGCAAUAAAGACGUUGAAAUUAUGAUUGACCCAAUUGAUAAAAUUAUUGAAGAAACAUUUGUUUAUAAAAUUGACAUGCUUCAUAAUCUUUCUUUAUCAUCGAAUGCAUCAAUGAUUCGUUACGCGUUAGCAUAUAAGAACUUCAAUCCUAACGAAACAUAUCCAGAAGAAGAAAAUGUGGAAUCAAGUUUUGAAUUAACAAAAAAGUAUUGGAAAUAUAAAAUUGAUUCAUAUAAGAAACAAGAUGAAAAGGUGAAAAGAGAUACCAAAAACAAUGUUUCAAUGGAUGACUAUCAAUACUAUCACGAUUUAAUCCUUUCAUCUAAAUGUAAAAUGUGUGGUAAAGCAUUUACAUAUGCAAAUAAACCAACAUUGGAUAGAAUCGAUAAUGAAAAACCACACACCAAAGAAAAUUGUCAGUUAAUGUGUUGUUAUUGCAAUGUCGUAAAAUCAAAUAAAGAUGAAGAUGUUCAACGUUUAAGAAUCAAUUUAAGAAAUUAUGCAUUAAAAAAAUUUACCAAUGACUUUAGAUUCA